UCAUUGCUGCCUUUUUCCACUUCUUGCUACACUUGCAGCAAACAAAGUCUGAAUCUCAUAUUCCAAGCAACAAAUCAUGACGAUGGCUACUAACUGGAUUCAAUAUGACUGCAAUUCAGAAGUGUAUUACCUCCUGCCUGGUGUAAAAGAUGGGAUUCUUUGCUUUGUCAAAUCUGAAUUACAUUGUGAUUCUUGGGCAAAGUCUAAAAACACUGUGCACGCCAUUAUCUUGAACUAUUUCAAAGAGGCUCUUGAAGCUCACCCUGAAGAUUUCAGUGGAGAUGUAGCCACAUUUAAGAAAGAGUAUGACAAAGAUCGAGCGUGUUUUAAGCUGGUAAUUUACAGAGAUACAUUGUUGAAAGGAUUUUCAGUGGCAUUUACCAUCACAAUUCUAAACAAGACGUACUACUUAUCCUGCAUAAAUACGAAAGAGCUUCGCUUCAAGGAAGGAGACCCACCCAAAAAAAUUGAUGGGAGCACAAGUGAUGUCAUCUUCUACCAGAAGAACGCUUCUAAAGGAGAUGCAAGUAGCUUUGUGUUUGAGUCUGCGUUAGUCCAAGGAUACUGUCUUGCUUUCAAGAACGAAGAUGGUAAACACAAGCUGACACUGAAGCGACCUGAAGAUCAAGUAGAUGAAACUACACAUUUUCGGACUGUGCCUAAAAAGAGUUGAUCAUAAAUCUAUAGUUAUGGGUGGCACUCAGCAUACGUCAGACAAGGAAUCGUGGGUUUGACUGCAAGGCCUUUUUGCUAAUGGGCACUAUUAACAUUUUAUCACAUUGAAUUGCAUCUCCAAGCAGCCCAAUAACAAAGACUCUAUAGGAGAUUGGCAAGUGUUAUUUAUGGAGGAUCUGUUUCUUAAAGCCAGAACUGGAUCUUGCUAGGACUUCUUUGAUGCAAGCAUUUCCCACCACGUUACAUUUUAUUCAAACUAAUUAAAAACCCUCCAAGUAUCAUAUCCGCUAUUUUUCUUCAAUAACACCCAAACGUUAGACCCCUUAUCCUCUCAAAUCAUUUGGAGAAACGUAUCUUCCCUAUUUAGCUGUCCAAGAAGGUCUGUGGUUUAGGACCUAUAGCCCACUAUUGGUCCUACACCCCCCACAGAGGCCAAGAAUUGGAAGAAGAUAGAAUCAGGGUGCAAUAGGGAGACACAUAUUACUUUACUGAAAGUUAAUAACAUUUGGAUAACCAUAGCUCCUCUUCAGCAAUCCAAGUGUUUCUAGGGCAUGUUAACAAAUUGGGGGAAAUUUAUUAAACUGUUGCCAAUACAUUUACAGUUAAUUUUUGGUGCAUAUUUGGCGCAAUUAAUUUGAUUGGUC